CGGCGGACUCUGGAGCUGAGGGGUCCCCGGCUGGAGGUGGGGGACUCGGCGGGGUGAAGACGUAUUAUAACCAAGAGUUCUUUUCUACAAGCUGCUCAUCUUUGAGGAGACGAAGCCUAGAAAAUACAGCUACUGGAUUUCUUCUGUUCUAAGUUUCUACAUAACUUUCUCAGAAGUUCCUGUGUUGGUGCCAUGUUUUGUGGCUUACAUCAAAAGAGGAGUUUGUCUUGAUGAAGAUUCCUAACAUUGGUAAUGUGAUGAAUAAAUUUGAGAUCCUUGGGGUUGUAGGUGAAGGAGCCUAUGGAGUUGUACUUAAAUGCAGGCACAAGGAAACACAUGAAAUUGUGGCAAUCAAGAAGUUCAAGGACAGUGAAGAAAAUGAAGAAGUCAAGGAAACGACUUUACGAGAGCUUAAAAUGCUUCGUACCCUCAAACAGGAAAACAUCGUAGAACUGAAGGAAGCCUUUCGUCGGCGGGGCAAAUUGUACCUGGUGUUUGAGUAUGUGGAAAAAAAUAUGCUUGAGUUGCUGGAAGAAAUGCCAAAUGGAGUACCACCUGAAAAAGUAAAAAGCUAUAUCUAUCAACUUAUCAAAGCUAUUCAUUGGUGCCAUAAGAACGAUAUUGUCCACAGAGACAUAAAACCAGAAAAUCUCUUAAUCAGCCACAAUGAUGUUCUGAAAUUAUGUGACUUUGGUUUUGCACGGAAUCUGUCAGAGGGUAAUAAUGCUAAUUAUACAGAGUAUGUGGCCACCAGGUGGUAUCGAUCCCCAGAACUGUUACUUGGAGCUCCCUAUGGGAAGUCUGUAGACAUGUGGUCAGUAGGCUGCAUUCUUGGGGAACUGAGUGAUGGCCAACCCUUAUUUCCUGGAGAAAGCGAAAUUGACCAACUUUUUACUAUUCAGAAGGUGCUAGGACCACUUCCAUCUGAGCAGAUGAAACUCUUCUACAGCAAUCCAAGGUUUCACGGGCUCCGGUUUCCAGCUGUUAACCAUCCUCAGUCACUAGAGAGAAGAUACCUUGGAAUUUUAAAUAGUGUUUUACUCGACCUGAUGAAGAAUUUACUGAAGUUGGAUCCAGCCGACAGAUACUUGACAGAACAGUGUUUGAACCACCCGACAUUUCAAACCCAGAGACUUUUGGAUCGGUCCCCUUCAAGAUCAGCAAAAAGGAAACCUUAUCAUGUGGAAAGCAGCACAUUGUCUAAUAGAAACCAAGCCAGCAAAGGUGCUGCUUUACAAUCUCACCACCGAUCUAACAGCAAGGACAUUCAGAACUUAAGUGUGGGUCUGCCCCGGGCUGAAGAAGGCCUUCCUGCCAACGAAACCUUCUUGAAUGGGAACCUUGCUGGAGCUACUCUUAGUCCAAUGCAUACCAAAACCUACCAAGCAAGCACCCAGCCUGGCCCUGCCAGCAAAGAUCUCACCAACAAUAAUAUGCCACACCUUCUUAGUCCAAAAGAAGCCAAAUCCAAAACAGAGUUUGACUUUAAUAUUGACCCAAAACCCUCAGAAGGCCCAGGCACAAAGUAUCUGAAGUCCAGCACCCGAUCUCAGCAGAACCGGCACUCAUUCAUGGAAAGCUCUCAGAGCAAAGCGGGGACGCUGCAGCCCAGUGAGAAGCAGAGUCGGCACAGCUAUAUUGACACCAUUCCCCAGUCCUCAAGGAGUCCCUCCUACCGGACCAAGGCCAAAAGCCACGGGGCAUUGAGUGACUCCAAGUCCGUGAGCAACCUUUCCGAAGCCAGGGCCCAAAUUACAGAGACUAAUACUAGUAGGUAUUUUCCAUCCAGCUGUUUGGACUUGAAUUCUCCCACUAGCCCAACACCCACCAGGCACAGUGACUCAAGAACUUUACUUAGCCCUUCAGGGAGAAAUAACCGAAAUGAGGGCACAUUGGACUCACGCCGAACUAUAACCAGGCAUUCAAAAACCAUGGAGGAGUUGAAGCUGCCUGAACACAUGGACAAUAGCCAUUCCCACUCACUAUCUGCACCCCACGAAUCUUUCUCCUAUGGGCUGGGCUACACCAGCCCCUUCUCCUCUCAGCAGCGUCCUCACAGGCAUUCCAUGUAUGUGACCCGGGACAAAGUGCGAGCCAAAGGCUUGGACGGAAGCCUGAGUAUAGGACAAGGGAUGGCGGCCAGAGCCAACAGCUUGCAGCUCCUGUCACCCCAGCCUGGAGAACAGCUCCCUCCAGAGAUGACUGUGGCAAGACCUUCUGUUAAAGAGUCCUCCAGAGAAGGCAGCUCUUCAUUCCAUACCCGUCAGAAGUCUGAGGGUGGAGUAUAUCAUGACCCACACUCUGAUGAUGGCACCGGACCCAAAGAAAACAGACACCUAUACAAUGACCCUGUUCCAAGGAGAGUUGGCAGCUUUUACAGAGUGCCAUCUCCAAGACCAGACAAUUCUUUUCAUGAAAAUAAUGUAUCAACUAGAGUUUCUUCCCUACCAUCUGAGAGCAGUUCUGGAACCAAUCAUUCAAAGAGACAGCCAGCAUUUGAUCCAUGGAAAAGUCCUGAAAAUAUUAGUCAUUCUGAUCAACUCAAGGAAAAGGAGAAACAAGGUUUUUUCAGGUCAAUGAAAAAGAAAAAGAAGAAAUCUCAAACAGUACCCAAUUCUGAAGGUCCAGAUCUUUUGACAUUACAGAAAGCCCUUCAUUCUGCUAGCACUACGAGCAGCAGACCAAAGGAGUGGCGCCCUGAGAAACUAUCAGAUCUACAGACCCAAAGCCAGCCAUUAAAAUCACUGCGUAAGCUGUUACAUCUCUCUUCAGCCUCAAAUCACCCAGCUCCCUCAGAUCCCCGUUUCCAGCCCUUAACAGCUCAACCAACCAAAAAUUCCUUCGCAGAAAUUCGGAUUCACCCCCUAAGCCAAGCCGCUGGUGGGAGCAGCAACAUCCGGCAGGAGCCCACACCAAAGGGCAGGCCAGCCCUCCAGCUGCCAGGUCAGAUGGAUCCUGGUUGGCACGUGUCCUCUGUGACCAGAAGUGCCACAGAGGGCCCUUCCUACUCUGAACAGCUGGGUGUCAAGAGUGGGCCAAAUGGGCACCCUUAUAACAGAACAAAUCGCUCACGAAUGCCAAAUCUGAAUGAUUUAAAAGAGACAGCCUUGUAAUUCAG